ACAAACCCGAGUUAAACCUGAAGUUCUGCUCUGGAUCUGUUCUACUGAACACACAAACUAACACACAACACAGCAGUGGACGUGCUUCUAUGUUGUGGGUUUUCUUGGUCUGAUCGUGACGAAUCUGCGGACGAAACAUCUGGAGACGGAAACUAUCGCCAGUUAACCUGAUCACCAGUUAAACUGGAAAACAGGGACAUAUGUGUCGUACCCCACAUGUCUUGUGUGCUCUGAGAGGUGAUGAAGAUGGGAACAGCGCUGAUUUACGAUGAGGAGAUGACCAAAUACAAGCUGCUCUGGGUUGAUCCAGCGUGUAAGAUCGAGGUACCCGAGCGUUUGACUGUGAGUCAUGAAGCUUUGGUGAGGACUGGUUUGACUGAUCGAUGUGUCUCCAUACCUGUCCGCGAGGCCACGGACGCAGACAUUCUGUUGGUUCACAGUGAGGAAUACCUGGAGGCAGUGAAAAAGACUCCUUACAUGACUCUGGAGGACUUGAAGGAGUUCACCCUCCAGUAUGGUGAUGUCUACUUUCACCCAAACAUCUAUCACUGUGCCAAACUGGCUGCAGGAGCUGCGCUACAACUGGUGGACAGUGUUAUGACGGGGAAGGUGAGGAACGGCAUGGCUCUCGUCAGACCACCAGGACACCACAGUAUGCGCAGUGCUGCUAAUGGUUUCUGUGUGUUCAACAAUGUGGCCAUAGCAGCUCGAUACGCCAAACAGAAAUAUGGACUUAAAAGGGUGUUGAUAGUAGACUGGGAUAUACAUCACGGUCAGGGGGUGCAGUUUUGCUUUGAAGACGAUCCAAGCGUCCUCUGCUUUUCUUGGCACCGCUAUGAACAUCAGAAAUUCUGGCCUCAGCUUAGAGAAUCAGAGUAUGACAACGUUGGCAAAGAGAAAGGGGCUGGAUUCAAUAUAAAUGUACCAUGGAACAAGGUGGGAAUGGAAAACAGUGACUAUCUUUCAGUCUUCUGUCACGUCCUUCUGCCAGUCGCAUAUGAGUUUUGUCCGGAUUUGGUGUUGGUGUGUGCAGGCUUUGACUCAGCCAUCGGUGACCCAGAAGGUGAAAUGUGUGCCACUCCCGACAUCUUCGCCCACCUGACUCACCUCCUAAUGAACCUAGCAGGAGGGAGACUGUGUGCAGUGCUCGAGGGAGGAUACAACUUGACUUCCCUCCCUCAGUCUGUGUGUCAGACAGUUCAGACUUUGCUCGGAGAUCCUUUGCCUCAGCCUGCAAACCUCAGCGCUCCCUGUACAAGUGCUCUCGAGUCCCUUCACUGUGUCCGAUCAGCUCAUAGGCCGUACUGGUCCUGCCUCAAACAUGCAGCUGAUCCGCCACCCUCUGAUAUCAGCACCAAGCGCGUUAAAUUAACAGAAGUGAAAGAAGAAGAAAAGACAGUGACGGAAGAGGAAAAGAAAAGCCCAGAGGAAAAGGCGUGGCCCGAGCCUCCAAAACGUGUCGCUCCACCUGUUCGUUCUGCUGCCGUGCUCCCCAGCGAUGUGGCUUGUCCAGAAGGAUGUAAACGCUUCAGCUCCUCAGAGGAUCUCGACCCACUCAUAGUCAACAAACUCAGGGAGAAUUUCCUCCAAGAUGCAGAUGAUGACAGUGAUGCUCUCACAGCCCUCUCCAGUCUUAUCAGCCUCACAGAGAAAAUGAACAAGAAUGAGAUUUGCAAUGGCCUGGCGCUGGUCUGCGACGUCACCAUGGCGAUGAUGUGCGUUGUCCAGCAUGUUGCAGCUGCUCUCAGCAACCGGGUUUUGGUCGUGUGCGUCGGCAAUGGGAAGGUCCCGAGUCACAUCACAGAAGACGGGAAAACACUUGUGGUGCAGAUCAGCAGUGAAGACAAAGAGGAACAGAAAUGCAAAUAUUACAUUCCCGUGUGUUUAAAGAAGGGCUGCAGUGACAUGUCAGGGUUCUUACAGGCGGUGUUUGGCCUCCUUCUACCUCUGGGGUACGAGUACGACCCCGAUCUUGUUCUGUUGGUUCGGAUGCCAGAUAGUGAAGUACAUGACAGCGUGUGGCAGCAGCUGACAGCCCUGCUGCAGAGCUUUGCACAAGGACACACACUGGUGCUAAUGCAGGAGGAUGAGAAGGCUUGUGUCGGCCCCACAGCCUCCUGCCUCCUCGGGGACCCGGCUCCUCCUCUGGAGCGGCUCCAGGCUGCACUACCAGAGGAUGUGGAGGCCAUGGAGAGACUUAGACACAAACUGCAGGCUGCCUGGAAGCUUCUGCAGACCACAGCACCAGAAACCGGAGGAGGUGAUGAACGCCAAAGCCAUGCUGCUCCUGUUUAAUCCUUCAGUAGAGAUGAAGGACGUCAGUCAGACUUUUCAGUGUAAUUUUGUAUUUUUUAGCCGUUUUUACUGUCAAAGUGAGAGCACAAAUAUUAAACACUGUAUGAAAGAACUGAA